CUGAGCUUACAAAAUAACAGAAUCCGCAACAUCACAAACGCCACGUUCGAAAAGCUGGCGAACCUUUUCACAUUAGAUCUAUCCCAUAACGUUAUCAAAGUCAUUGAAGUGGGAGCUUUUACCCCUUUGAGAAAGUUGAAAGUUCUUGAUCUCAGCUUCAACCGAGGGAUGGGCUACUCCGUCAAACAUUUAUCACCCGCAUUACUUUCACCGCUAAAAUCCCUCAUAGAGCUCUCUAUUCAAGGGAACUCCAACGGGGCGACGAGCUACCCCAACCAGGCUUUAUCUCGAUUGUAUAACCUCAAAAAUUUAACCACGGACGGCCUGAACACCGUGUUUGGUAAAGAGGUUAGAAAUCUGAAGAAUUUAAUCAGUGUCAGGUUGACGUCACGUCACUUGAAAGUCAUCAACCAGACAUUUUUCGAAAACGUCCCGCGUUUAAAGUCGCUGGAAAUUUUCCAGAGCAGCUUGUCGUAUGUGGACGUGUCGGCGUACAAGCAAGUGAAUCUCACAAGUUUAACGAUGAGCCAUUUAGUUAACUACGAUCUGUUCACGGCGUUCGAUGACUUGCAGGGACUGCAGUACUCUCAGUUGAAAAGUCUCUCAUUGAUUCGUCUGUAUUACAGGUCGUUUCCGUGUCGGUUCUUAAACAAAUCACAUGCCAAGUACUUGACGAAUAUAGCUCUCGAGAGACUGGAUCUUUCCGAGAACCUCAUCGCGCUGCUGGGUCAAGAUUUUGCCGAUCUGCUCCCGAAGACGUUGACCGCUCUGAUUUUAAGGGACAAUAAGUUUUCCCUGAGGGGUAACGUCAUGACCCUGGUGAGUCAUCUGAACGAACUCAAAGAGCUUGAUUUAAGCGUGCAAAACCACGACAAACUACGCGGGGGAUUUAAAGAUCAGGUCUCUGAGCAGGCGCAGUUGACCGGAAGCUGUCAAACGGAUAGUAAAGAUUGUAGCGUAGGCUCUGUCUCCUGCGAUGCGUGUAAUAAAAUUCUUCAAGCUGGCGCAUGCAACAGGGUCUUUGAAAACGAUCCAUUAACUUACCACACCGAAAGUAUUUUUUCAAAUAUUGUUCAGCCCGCUGGGAAUGCUUUGAAAUCUGAUGAAAAAAAAGAUAUAUUAAAUGGUACCGAUGAGUUUGCAUUGAAACAUUUAAGGGAAUUCAAAGACUCUGCUCUAGUUAAGCGGAAAAACAUAAUCGCCAUGACUUUCCCCCCUAAAUUAAGCGUUCUAAACGCAUCGCAGUUUUUUAGCCUUGGCGCCACUGUCCUGACCCCACAUUGGCGUAAAAGUAAAUUGAAAAUCUUGGAUUUGUCUAAAAGCUUCCUAUCCACCUGGGGUAUGGGAUCGAUGCUGCUGCAUAUAGAAAGGGCUUUCCUGAGUGAAAAUUACUGCAAGCACAUACAGCGAAAUUUUUUUAAACAAAAUAACUCACUGAUCUACCUUGACCUUCACGAUAACGUGCUCGGUUCUGACUUUGCCGAGGAUCUCGAUGGCGUCAUAUUCGCGCAGUUGUCCCAGUUGAAGUACCUGGACAUCUCGUUCAACGUCAUCUUCUCUCUUCCGUCUCAGUUUUUCAAAGGACUCAAAGAUCUGCGGUACCUUAAACUGUCUGACAACAAACUCCAGGUUUUGAACACGACAUUCUCUUACAUGAGCAGGUUGCAGUACCUCGACCUGAGCAGAAAUUCGAUCGCCUGGAUCAGCAGACAGGUUCGCGAUGACCUUGACAGGAUCGGAAGUGACCUUUCCGUUGACCUAACGUUAAACCCUUUGCCCUGCACUUGCGCCGCUAUUGACCUCCUG